AUGUUCCCCUACCCGUCCGGCACUCUGCACCUCGGCCAUCUGCGCGUCUACACCAUCUCGGACGUCCUGGCGCGCUUCAAGCGCAUGCAGGGCUACGGCGUCUUGCACCCCAUCGGCUGGGACGCCUUUGGCCUGCCCGCCGAGAACGCUGCCAUGGAGCGCGGCGUGCAUCCGGAGAAGUGGACGCGCCAGAACAUCGACGCGAUGAAGGCGCAGAUGAUGCUCAUGGGCGGCCGCUGGGACUGGGACGCUGAAAUCCGAACAUGCGAUCCGCACUUCUACAAGCACACCCAGCGCAUCUUCCUCAUGCUGCACGAGCGCGGCCUCGCCUACCAGGCCGAGUCGCUCGUCAACUACGAUCCCGUCGACAAGACGGUCCUCGCAAACGAGCAAGUCGAUGCCAACGGCUGUUCCUGGCGGUCAGGCGCAAAGGUCGACAAGGUCAUGCUGAAGCAGUGGUUCCUGAAGAUCAAGGAGUUUCAGGACCCGCUGCUGAGGGAUCUAGACACGCUCGCCGCCGACGGCAUGUGGCCGGACAAGGUGCUCGCCAUGCAGAGAAACUGGAUUGGCAAGUCCGAGGGCACGAAGCUCUGGUUUGAUGUCGAGGCCACGACCCGUGACGUGCCGUUGGAUCCAAUCCAAGUCUCCACCACCCGCGACGUGCCGUUGGAUCCAAUCCAAGUCUUCACCACCCGCGCAGAUACCUUGUUCGGCGUGCAGUACAUUGCCCUUUCGCUGACUCAUCCCAUCGUCCAGCGUCUGGCCGUCGCCGACGAGUCCCUCGGAGCCUUCAUCGCACGCGCGAACCAUCUCCCCCGCGACACCAAGGAGGGCUAUCGCCUGCCACACGUCGUCGCUCGCAACCCUCUCGCCCAGGUCACAGGCAUGCCCGGCUCCGCCGUCCCGAUAUACGUUGCUCCGUACGUGCUCGACGACUACGGGUCCGGUGCAGUCAUGGGCGUACCCGGCCACGACACUCGCGACCACGCCUUCUGGAGGGCCAACGCCGGCGACGCGCCCGUCAAGGUCGUCGUGACGGAAAAACCCGGCACGGCUGCGUCGCAACUGCUGCCUGCCAAAGACGACCAGCCCGUGACCGCGCGAGGUUUCGUGGCGGCCGACAUGCCCGAGUUUGCAAACAUGCAGUCCCACAAGGCUGCCAAACUCGUGGCCAGGAAGCUCAAAGAGUCGGGCAAGCGCGCCGAGCAGACGGCGAACUGGCGGCUCCGCGACUGGCUGAUCAGCCGGCAGCGAUACUGGGGCACCCCCAUACCCAUCGUCCACUGCCAGUCGUGCGGGCCAGUGCCGGUCCCCAACCAAGACCUGCCCGUCGAGCUGCCCAACCUGCCCGACACCUUCUUCGAGGCACGGUCCGGCAACCCACUCGAGCAAGACGAGGAGUGGAAGAAGACGCCGUGUCCCAAGUGCGGGUCGGCGGCCGAGCGCGAGACUGACACCAUGGACACGUUCAUGGACUCGUCCUGGUAUUUCUUCAGGUUCCUGGACCCCAAGAAUGCCUCGCAGAUUGUAAGGCCUGGCAAGGCCGACAGAGGCAUGCCGGUCGACCUCUACGUCGGCGGCGUGGAGCACGCAAUCUUGCAUCUGCUCUACGCCCGCUUCAUCUCCAAAUUCCUCGCCUCGACGCCAGUGUGGCCGGCGGGGCAGCUCGUCAAGGGCGAACCCUUCAAGCAGCUCAUCACACAGGGCAUGGUGCACGGCAAGACCUUUACCGAUCCCGCCAGCGGCCGCUUCCUCAAGCCUGAUGAAGUCGACGCAUCAUCCGGGGCCCCCCUGAUCAGAGCCUCGGGUCUGGCGCCAAACGUCAGCUUUGAGAAAAUGUCAAAGAGCAAGUACAACGGCGUCGAUCCGGCCGCCACCAUUGCCGCCUACGGCGCCGACGCGACCCGCGCACACAUGCUCUUCCAGGCGCCCAUCACCGACGUGCUCGAGUGGGACGAGAGGAAAAUCGCCGGCGUGCAGCGCUGGCUGGCGCGCGUGGUCCGCCUGUCCAGCGCCUUCUGGUUCCCCGACCAAGAACUCGAGCUCUUCCGGGGCACCAAGAACAUCGACGCCGACCUGCUCAGGAUCGUCAACGCCUACCGCGCGCGCGCCCGCAAGCCGCGCGAGCAGCUCACGACCCAGGCCGAGCUCAUCGCGAGCCUGAAGCUCGACGAGGCCAAACUCUGGGCCAAGACACAGCAAACCAUUGCCUCGGUCUCGACCUCGUACGCCUCAACCCACGCCCUCAACACCGUCGUCUCCGACCUCAUGACCCUCACAAACACUCUCUGGGACACGCCGCACGCCGCCGAGCUCACGGGCUGGCUGAAGUGGCACGCCUACGUCCACCUACUGCGCAUGCUGGCCCCCAUCGCCCCCGGCGUCGCAGAGGAAGCAUGGCACAACCUCGCCACCCAGACACUGCACCCGCAAGCCCCCCCGCUCCCCGCGAGCGUCUUCGCAGCCGGCUUCCCGACCGCCGACACACUCAUCAUCCCCCAUCUCAACCCGUUCGCGACGUGCGUCGUCCAGCUCGACGGCAAACGCAAGUUCGCCGUGCAGAUUGACAAGUCCGCGUCGCUGCCGGGUCGCGUCGCGAGGACCGACCAUGCCGGCGUUCUGCGCCACGUCGCCGACACCCCCGAGGGCAAGGAGUGGCUCGACAGAGACACGGGGAAACUGUGGGCGCUCAGCCAGAGCAGCGAGCCGCACCCCGUGUACCCCCAGAUCCCCGCGGAUUGGAACGUGGUUGUUGUCGGCGCGCGGCUGGUGAACUUGAAGCAGGAGCAGACGAAGACGCAGGAGCAGGAGCAGGAGCAGACCCAGACCCAGAAGCAGGAGCAGGGCGACGAGGGCGUUGCUGAGCCCCCCACGUCCAAGGCGACAUUUGCAACGCGGCCGAUGGGCAGUUUUGCCAGUCUGCGGUCGGACAAGGACGGCUGA